AUCCUUAAAGCCCAACCGACGAGUCGCAUAGUACUCCAACUUCGAUACUGAACCCCGCCACAUACCACAUUCCAACACCUUUGCAUAUACGUUUCGCGACGCCCCCAUUGCCUACACCAUGCCGGCUCUUACCCUCUUCGAGCUGGCCCGUCAGCGGCUUAUCAAGAACAUCGACAUGCUCCGCGACGUUGGCGAUUUGCCCUACUCCUUCCUCCAGCCUGUUCUCCGAUUCGUACAAAGCCCCGACCAGCUUAUCGAGCUCGAGUCCAACUGCCCUCAGCUACUCGGAGAGACGGGUGAAGUCUGGCUCCGCUUCAUAAAACGAGACAUACCAGACUGGCAGAAGAAGCCACACGAACCGCGCGACCCUCAGAACUGGAGUAAAGUCUACCGUAAGCUGAAGAAGGACGCCGAGCGCGAGAAACAGGCCGAUGAAGAGGCGCUGAAGCAGCAGAUGAAGGCGAUACAGAAGGAUCGCGCACAAAACAAGACCCUUAUUGUGGAUAGCAGGAUUGGGUAUGGUUCUGGAGGCAGCAGGAUGUUUACGGGCCGAACUACGACAAGUUGGGGUCAGCCUUCUGGUGCGCCUGCGAAGACAGGCAAAGCCGCUUUCGAUAAGCUGAAACGAGGCAUGUUCGACCACGGACGUGAGCGGCCAAAAGCCAGUCAGAUACCUGCGCAUCUUCUAGCCCAAAGGAAGAGGCCCAUUCAGCAAGCUCCAGCGCGUAUGGUCCGAAUGGCUGAGAGCGAGGCUCCUCGGAGCAUGGUCUUGUCCAGGCAGGCCUCUACAUCCAUGGCGAACAGACCGGAGCCAUCAAGACCUACGCCCUCUACAAGCCGCCCCAAUAUCACACAGCGACCAGCGCCCCAGCAGCGCAACCCGCCACCGCCGUCACGAACCUCGCUACCCGCAGGGCAGCAGUUUAGCGCGCCGAAACCAAAGCCAGCAAGUGGAGGCGUAGCUCCCACACCCAAGAGAAAGCGGGAGGAAUACAGCAUGUUUCACACAAAGAAGAAGAAGGUAUGAAAGUAGGAUGAAUUACGAUCCUCUUUUAUGGAGUGUCGGGAGAUCGUUGAUUUGCCAAAGAUACUGAUAGAUCGACCAUGAACUGCUUGGGAAUACGAUAUAUAACUUUUAUCUGCAUAACAAACAGGGCGCUUUGGUGUUGGACAAUAUUUUAUAGGAUACAUGGGUUGAAGUGGAAUGCUCACC